AGAGAAAAAAUCAAGUAUGAGAUGUCAUCAAUAUUUCGAACCUGGUAAUAAAAGUCAAUAUGUCAAAACUCAAACGUCAAACGCAGGUUUUCUUUUUUCAUGGAUAUUUUUCGAAAAAAACGCAAUAACAGCGUAUUGGUCGUUUAAAUAACUGCUAUGACAUUUCGAAAAUAAAUAAAACUGUUAGUAUGUGAAAAAUAGUAAGAGCUUUAUACAUCAAUUUGGGACGAUGGAUAGCGGAGACAGGAUUUUAGUGGCUGCGGGGCUGACGGCGGCAGUGGUGGUGGGUGCGUUUGUGCUGUGGGGUCCUGGCGGGGCUCCGAAGGUGCGUAAGCGUAGGGGGCAGAUCGCCGGCCUCCAGAACCUCGGCAGAACCUGUUUCCUGAACACACUACUGCAGGCGCUGGCAGCUUGUCCCAUUUUCAUAGAUUGGCUCAAGAAGUAUGCUAAAGCUGAUAGCCACAACAGUAUGAUCACCACACUGUACACAGUUAUCGAAGUUGUGAACGGCACGCACGAGUCAGCUCGCGGCACGCCGGUGUGUCCGCUGGGCGUGCUGCAGGCGCUGCGCGCGGCGGGCUGGGUGGUGCCCGCCGACCAGCAGGACGCGCACGAGCUGCUGCACGUGCUGCUGUCCUGCAUCGAAGAGGAGACCACCAGCAUGUCUCGGAAACCGGGCUGCCUGUCGGACGCGCUGGGGCUAGGCGGCGGGCGCGCGUGGUCCGCGCUGGCGUCGCCCGCGUCCCCGCCGGCGGCGCCGCACCCGCUGCGUGCGGACUCCACGCCGCCGACGCCCUCCGCGCUGUCGCUGCGCCCCGCCUCCGCCGCGCCCACCGACGAGCCCGACCUCAUCGACUCUGAGCCGGCGGAGCCCCCGCGGCUGACGAAGGGCGUGUCGCGCUCGCUGUGCCACCUGAGCUCGGUGGGGCGGCGCUGGGCGGCGCCGGCGGCCGCGCGCCCGCCCCCCGCGCCGCCCUUCCGCGGGACGCUGGCCUCGCGGCUGCAGUGCACCGUCUGCUCCAAUAAGACACCGAUCCGGUACGACAAGUUCGAUAGCAUCUCUCUGUCGAUGACCAACUCUAGUGUCGGACUAAGUGGCUCCUUCAGUCUCUCAGGCUUGCUGCGCGCGUUCACUGCGCCGGAGAUGGUGAAGGGCGUGCGCUGCGGCAAGUGUUGCCCCGAGGGGGGGGAGGGCGCGCCCCCCGCCCCCGCCGGGCCCGACGCCAGCCCCGCGCCCGCCGCAUACACCAAGCACAUACGCACUGUCAGCUUCGGGAAGCUGCCGUACUGCCUGUGCCUGCACGUGGGCCGCGUGGAGUGGCAGCGCGGCGGCCUCAGCAAGCGCAGCGAGUUCGUGGCCUUCCCCGAGGCCCUAUCCAUGGCGCCCUACGCUACCGUGCAGCAGCCUAAGGUGGACCUUGUGUCGCUGGUGAGCCAGGGCCGGCUGCGCUCGGGGCUGUCGGCCUUCAACACGGGCGAGCAGGCGGGCGGGGGCGCGGGCGGGGGCGCGGGGGGCGCGGGCGGGGGCGCGGGCGAGGGCGGCGCGCUGUACCGGCUGGCCGCCGUCGUCGUGCACGUGGGCGGCCCGCGCUCCGGACACUUCGCCACCUACCGCCGCGGGAACGGCUUCGAGUCCAAGCGCUGGUGGUACACGUCGGACACGCUGGUGCACGAGGUGUCCCUGCAGGAGGUGUUGCGCUGCUCCGCCUACCUGCUGUUCUACGAGCGCGUGCGGCCCGACCGCGCCAUGACGGCCUCCGCUAACGAACACCACUUCUAACUCACUGCCGACUUGGCGACGCCGAUGACAACAGAGAAACUAUACCAACUAACCUUGGAACGGUUUAACCCUUUGAGAAGUUAAAUUGUCGUUGCUGUAGUACUUAGAUUACCAGCACUGAACAAUUUUUAACCAGCCAAUCUAACAGUGGCAAUCAAACAAUUUGUGUUUGCCACUUGCUAUCGUCAAAUUUGGUAAAGGUUAGAGUAAUUUUGUAUUUUUUUCUCGUCUCAUCGGCUUCAUACAGUAUAACACAAACCACAGUGUUGAUAAAUUGAAGUUGUUCAUAGAACAAGAGGUAUUAACGGGAUAUGAGAUAAUGAGAAAUAGUAAUCGUUACCGUCUCGUCAUGAACACUCCAUUUAUUCAUUAAUCUGUGGUCGUUUGGUAAGGGUUGUCACUCUUGUGUAUUUGAGUAACUUAUAAUUUGUAGUACAAUUAUUAAAAUUAGUAGGAAUAUAAUAUCUAUGCAGUAUCAAGAAAAUAGUGAUACAGAUUAAAUCCGUAUAUACGUGUUUCAAACAAUGUAAGACACGAGAAAAAUAGUAAAUAUACUUAGAUUUUAACAUUAUAAUUAUUGUGCUGCAUAUAAGCACACUUGUAAAAGUGGCACAUUUGUUUGUAGUGACAAAUUGUGUUUUAUAUUUUUGUACUAAUAAUUUAAUUAAACAGGAGAGUGAUAACCCAUGCUAUAUAUAACAUCACUUCACAAGAACUGACAUCCCAAAAAAGUCACUAAUUCAUAAUAAUUAUAAAAUUUAUACCUUUUGGCUGUGUCCUUAUCAAUUGUGACCUAUUCCACUCAAUUUUUCUUCAUAUUCUUGUCAAGAAGCUCAUUUUUCAGUAUUAGGUCAGUGUUGCCAUUAGAUAUUUGUGUGUACGUAUGCUGGCAACAUUUAUUUGUGUUUUAUUUGGCUCAUCUAUUGUGGCCUAAUGUCUCACAAUUACAUUGUACACAGUACAUUGAUCAAUUUGGCUGGAUUAGCAAAUACUUGCUUGAUUCUAUAAAAAGAACUUUGUCAUAGAUUAUUAAAAUCAAUUAUUUAUUUCCAAAUUGAUAAAGAAAUAUUUGAAAAUAUGAGUAUAGGAUAGGUAUGUACCUACCGUUACGUCAGCAUAAACUAAAAAUAUUCUUAUAGUACAAUUGUAAGACAGUGUACACACUAUCACAUAGUUUUGAACGUACUCCUUUCAUGUGAAGACUACAUAUCCUGGGUAAGUAAUAGAUAAGAUAUUAGUGCCGGGGACAGCGGUACAUAACUUCAACAGCACAUUAGAAUCUUCAAUCUGCUAUGUACAAAGUUUUCAUAAAGUUUCUGACGGUAGCUUGAUACAAGUCCAUUCGGCUUUGCUAAUUUAAUACACAAAAAUAUUAAAAAUACGUGUAAAAGAUUAUGCAAAGUUGCAAAAAAAAAUGAGAGUUUUCGCUUUUGUGAGUCACCGAAUUGAGCCCACUUGAAGAUACUCUAAAGUCUUUUAUAUUUUGUACAGAGCAGAUGUCGUUGUAGUGUAUCAGUCACAUUAAUGUUGUUUAAAUACUUAACGUAAUAGUUUUUCGGAGUCGUAGUUGUCUGAAGGGUAUUUAGUGUCAUAUUUAUCAAUUGAUUUGAUCUCUGUCUCUCGGUGUGGAGCCUGUAGUCCCUCUCUCACGUAGCGUGCUAGCCUUCAUCUGAACUAUAAAUAUUUUAUUGUGCAUUUGACAUUAUAAUUACUUGUUGCCCUCGUGUAAGGCUACAUGCUACGUUAUUUUUAGAAGUCUUGAAUAUCAGAGAGUCCUAUUUUUUCACUCUGUCGAACUUUUAGCUGAUUCGCAGAACUCAAUUUCGUCAAUACAAAUCUACACAAGUUAGAUAGUUUUUACUGUAACGAUACGAUAAAUAUAAUACUUCGUUUUUGCUAACCGUAUAUUGAAAUACUGGAUUAUGCUUUUAUACUACAUCCGUUCUAAGAAGAUCCUUUUGAGUGGGUAAAAAAAAGUGACCAAAUAGUUACGAGCAAGUACGUUGCUGAUUCGAUUUGAAGUGAAAUUCAAGCUUGAAAUCGUAUACAUUCUGCGAAAAGAUUCUUCUACAAACGGAGAGUACCCUCUUACAAUAGAUCUGUAGCAGCCACCUCAACUAACUUGUGUUGUAUUUGUGGGUGUGUCUCGAAGUAUGUGUGCCAUGAUAAUGAGUGAUAUAGCUUACGCUUCUGACGUGUGAUACUCAGCACAAACAACAUAUUGCGCUUCUAGGAGCACGUGUUGUGCAACCAUUCAAUCUGUAUGUUACAAUUUUUAUCUUGGUUGGGGAAAACUGACGAGCUUUGAGCAUGUUUCAUUAUUACAAAAUGACUAUUAGGUAUGUUUAUUGAUUUACAAAUAACUACAGGUCAUAUUAUUUAUCAGGUCAGUGGAUCCUUAAAAAUAUUAGUUAUAAACAGAUUAUAUUGUUAACUACACAUUAGUACACAUUGAUUUUAUCAAUAUCCAAUUUAUUAGAUAGUUUAUAUUCAUAAAACAUGCUUUAUCUUUGUCAAGUUUCUGUAAUCCUUUAUAAAGUGAAGUGUGAGGGGUGUGACCAAACUAAGUAAUGACGUAAUAAUAGCCUAUCCGGAGUAGCUAUACUUUUUGAGCGAAAUAUAUAUUUAAGGAUACUCGUUCGACGUACGCUGGUACGUCAGUCCUAUAUUCUCUGCAUUUCUCUUCUAGGCGGUAGUUCAGUCUGACAAUGCUUGAGAUAUUUACGGAGAGUGUUCUAUUUAGGGCCUCUGCACACAAGGCUACGUAAAUCUUGGUAGGUACUAGUGUCAAUAAGCAUUCGAAGCUACGAAUCCUCAUGAAUAUAGGUACAAUAGGUACCGCAGACUUUCAUAGCCUUGUGUAAAGGAAAGCCAUGAGUUACUUGACUUUGACAAAUGUUUUUGUUAGAUUAAGGCAGUGACUCGACUAAGUCGCUGAAUUUCAUGUAAAGAGAAAACCUAUGACUAGACAGCAUUCUACAACAAGAUGUCCAGGAAGUGAUGGCGAGUGUGUUGCAUUACUUGUUGAUGUUUAUGGUGUAAUCGCAAUCGAGAACGCCGGAGGGUUACGUAUGAUUAUCAUCUCAAGCUGCUAACAUAUCCAUACUGGAUUGACGUACGUAGAGCAGCUUUUGUUGCUAACCGCACAUGUUAUAAAUACUCAUAUCUAGGAACUACCGCCAGUUAUUUAUGUACUUACGAAUGCAUUUAUUUUACACAAUUGACUUGUCCAUUCGUGUCCUUCCUGUAAAUAGUAUUAUAAUGUUGUAAUAAAUGUUUUGAAAAUCAAAUUUUCUAAUAGUAAUGCUCAUUUUAUAAUAUCAAUUCUUAUUGGAGGCUAAAUAACGUGGAGUUGUGAAAAUUCUUGUAAAGUAAGGGUGGGUGGGAGUAUUGGUGCCUAAAUUGUGGCCAUUUGUGGCUACGACUGAGCAAAGAUGCCAUUUUAUAUCGUUAUCGCAUAAAUGUAGCUUUAGAUGUUAUUUUAUUUAUUGUUUUGACGGAUAGAGGCUUGAAACGGUAACGUACCAUUUUCGUUUCCAUGUAGGUGCCUAUUGACAACAAGAAACACCUACAUGCAUUGUAUCUAAAA